GCAGUGGUCACUAGUUCUAUGAAUGCUACAACCAUCACGACUACAUCUAUCACCUCUUCCUCCUCAACUUCUUCUUCUUCCUCCUCCUCCUCUUCUUUCUCCUCCUCCUCUUCCUCCACCUCUUCUACCUCCACUAAGAUAGACCCAAAUAAUAACUCGACCAGCUCGACAGAACAGACAGUUACAAGUAGCACUACUUCUCUGUCCGUCCCGACAUCAACUGGAAAAGCAAACAACAACAACAACAUCAAUAACAACACCACUGCCAACAACAACAGUAACAACAACAACAACACUAGCACGUCCACUAACCUCUGCACCACAACCGCUUUGGCCACUACGACAUCCAGCAGCUCGAGCACAAGUCUAGAACCCAACUCGGAGAUUUACUGUAAGAUCUGUGAUGCGUGCUUCAACUCACCCAAGCAAGCGACGCAGCAUUACCAGGGCAAGAACCAUGCCAAGAAAAUGCGAACGGCUGAAGCCGCUGCAAAAUUAGCCGAAGCUGUUGGAACGGGAACUAUAACAGAAAGUGGUAAUGUGUUUAUGUGUGCCCUUUGUUCAGUGCAUGUGACGUCUCAGGAGCAGUUAAGCAGUCACUUGAACGGGGCCAAGCACAAAGCCAAACAACGCAUGCAGGACAGGCAGAAUAGCUCCAAAGAUAAAGACUCUUCGAGCUCUGCCAGUCGCAACUUUCAGGGAACAAAAUGUUUUUACGGUGUAGGACGAGGAGGAGCGAAUUUUCGACGUGGUUUCCGUGGUUCCGGGCCAAGAGGAAAGCAUGAAGGUGCUUGA